UCCAGUCCGAACGUCCCAGACAUACAUACACCUCCGAGCUCAGAAACACUUGGUUGUGCCAAAGCAAGAAAUGGGCUCCUUGAGUUUAGUUAUUUGGAGCUUCUUCGCAUUACUCUGCCCGAUAUUAAACAGCGGCAAUGAAGUAGUAGCCUCCAGUCGGGGUGGUCCUUUCCGCCUUGCAGAAACCGAAGUCGCCAUUGGUGCAGCGCAAGCUGGCAUCUGCGCGAGUGCGGUGACGAUACACGGUUACAGGUGUCAAGAGUUUAAUGUGAGAACUGAUGAUGGCUAUAUAUUAAGCGCGCAAAGGAUUCCGGAAGGUCUGGCGGGAGGUGGCGGGAGCAGCAGGCCGCCGGUCUUGCUGCAACAUGGGGUUCUGGUGGAUGGAAUGACUUGGUUGCUGAACUCUCCUCAACAAUCUUUAGCUAUGAUCUUGGCUGAUAGGGGAUUCGAUGUCUGGAUUGCCAACAUCAGAGGAACCCGAUACAGCAGACGACAUGUCACACUUGAUCCUAGCAAACCGGAAUUUUGGAAUUGGACAUGGGAUGACCUGGUGAUGCAUGACUUACCAGCUCUUCUGGAUUUUGUGUUUCAGCAAACUGGUCAAAAAAUCCACUACGUAGGCCAUUCCAUGGGAACAUUGAUGGCUUUGGCAACAUUUUCCGAAAGGAAGCAAAUAGACAAGGUAAAAUCCGCGGCCUUGUUGAGCCCGAUUGCUUUCUUGAGCCACAUGACCACUGCGCUCGGUGUCGUAGCUGCCAAAGCCUUCGUAGGCGAAAUCACCACUUUAUUCGGUCUUUCAGAAUUCAACCCGAAAGGGGAUGCUGUAGCAAGUCUUCUAAAGGCUCUGUGUGCUCAACCGGGGGUCGACUGUUACGAUUUGCUAACCGCCUUAACAGGGAAAAAUUGCUGUCUCAAUGCUUCAACUGUUGAGCUUUUCUUGAAGAAUGAGCCUCAAUCUACUUCGACGAAAAAUCUAGUGCAUUUGGCUCAGACUGUCCGAGAUGGAAAGCUCACUAAGUACGAUUAUGGGAAUGCUUACUUCAACGUGGCGCAUUAUGGCGAAUCAAAGCCUCCAUCCUAUAAUUUGGCCAAUAUUCCGAAUGACCUUCCAAUCUUCCUCAGCUACGGAGGCCAAGAUGCUCUAUCUGAUGUUAAAGAUGUGGAGACUCUGCUGGACAGUCUCAAGUUCCAUGAUGUAGAAAAGUUGCAUGUCCAGUACAUCAAGGACUACGCUCAUGCCGACUUCAUAAUGGGGGUGACUGCGAAGGACGUAGUGUAUAACCAAAUUGUGGAAUUUUUCAGAUCAAACCAGCUGAAUUAGUGGUCCUUCAUCGUGAGGUCUUUUCUUUUUUUUUUUUUUUUUGUCGUAAAAAGACUCUUAAUUUGCUCGGUUUUCUUGCAGAAUGUGCGUACCAUUAAUUGGAAGAUUCUAAGUCGUUUCAAGAGUGAAUUGCUGCGUAAUAAAAUAACUU